CGCAGGACGCACGUUUCCGGCCUGAGAAACUGUAGCGUUUCUGAGGAGGCGCCUCAACCGGCAGUUACCACCGCGCUAGGAGCCUCCGGCUCGGCCUCCUCCAUCACCGGUGUCACCAUGGGGGCUGUGCUGGGGGUCUUCUCCCUCGCUAGCUGGGUUCCGUGCCUUUGCGGUGGCGCGUCAUGUUUGCUGUGUGGUUGCUGUCCCAACAGUAAGAAUUCCACUCUGACUCGCCUCAUCUAUGCUUUCAUUCUCUUCCUGGGCACCAUUGUAUGUUUUAUCAUGUUUCAUGAGGGGAUGGAAACACAGCUGAAGAAGAUUCCUGGAUUCUGUGAUGAAGGAUUUAAUACCAAAGUGGCUGAUAUGAUCGUGGAUAAAGAUUGUGAUGUGCUGGUUCGUUAUAAAGCUGUAUAUCGAAUCAACUUUGCCUUAGCCAUCUUUUUCUUUGUCUUCUCUCUGCUCAUGUUAAAAGUGAAAACGAGUAAAGAUCCCAGAGCAGCAAUACACAAUGGGUUUUGGUUCUUCAAAAUUGCUGCCAUUGUUGGUAUCAUGGUUGGAUCUUUCUAUAUUCCUGGGGGUCACUUCACCACAGCCUGGUUUGUUAUUGGCAUGACGGGGGCUGCCUUCUUCAUCCUCAUCCAGCUGGUGCUAUUGGUAGACUUUGCUCACUCUUGGAAUGAAUUAUGGGUAAAUCGAAUGGAAGAAGGGAACCCCAAGUGCUGGUAUGCCGCUUUACUGUCUGCCACAAGCAUCUGUUACAUCCUGUCAAUCAUCUCUGUCGUAUUGCUCUACAUAUAUUACACCAAACCAGAUGGCUGCACAGAAAACAAGUUCUUCAUCAGCAUUAAUCUAAUCCUUUGCAUUGCAGUUUCUAUUGUAUCAAUCCUUCCAAAAAUUCAGGAAUACCAGCCUCGUUCUGGCCUCCUGCAGUCCUCUGUCAUCACCCUCUACAUCAUGUACCUCACGUGGUCAGCCAUGUCCAAUGAACCUGAUCGUUCCUGCAACCCUAGCCUGUUGAGCAUCAUUACACACAUGACCGCAUCAACAUUGGCUCCUGGAAAUACAACUGCAGUAGUCCCUACCCCUGCUCCGCCAUCACAGAGCGGGCCUUCUCUGGAUAAAGAGAAUUUUGUUGGGCUGGUAGUUUUUGUUAUUUCCCUUUUGUAUUCCAGCAUCCGCAAUUCCAACAAUAGCCAAGUAAGUAAGCUGACCCUGUCACGAAGUGACAGUGUGAUCCUCGGUGAUACAGCUGCCAACGGCGCCGGUGAUGAAGAAGAUGGACGGCCUCGGCGGGCUGUGGACAAUGAGAGAGAAGGGGUGCAGUACAGCUACUCCAUGUUCCACCUCAUGCUCUGCUUGGCUUCCUUGUACAUCAUGAUGACCCUGACCAACUGGUACAGCCCUGAUGCAAACUUCCAGAGCAUGACCAAUAAGUGGCCAGCUGUGUGGGUCAAGAUCAGCUCCAGCUGGGUCUGCCUCCUCCUCUAUCUCUGGACCCUUGUGGCUCCACUCGUCCUCACCAAUCGAGACUUCAGCUGAACCUCUGAGUGCCAAGGACCCCACCAAAAUUCAUAAAGGUCUCCUUUGCUGAACGCUCAUAUCAUUUUACUUUUGCUUCAACUAAAAUAUUAAGCAAAUGCUUUGCAAAUAAGACUAUAUCCAGGUUUAUAUCAGAGGACAAGAUUGAAUAAUGCUUAAUUCAGGAUCAGAACUUUUCGUUUAUAUCUAUAUUAUGUUUAUUUGUAAGAAUAUAGAGCAAAAGGAACAUUUUAUGUUUUAAAGAGAACUACAGCUGUGCUGUGAGAGAGUUCUUUAUUGAGACACUAGAACUUUGAAUUAAAAUGUAAUACAGAAAACUAUUGGAUAUUUGAGGCCAUCAUUAAUAUAUUUCUAUUGCAGUAUCCUUAAAAAGCAAAAUAAUUAUAAUGAUGCAUUUCUAUGACAGUUUUCCUCCCUGAAAGUCUUAACUUGUGUGCUACAAGCCCUCUGCUCAGUCCUUAAAUUCAUAGUGCUUGGGGGAAGGAGUAUGUUUGUGGAAUCUUGCCCCAGAAGAGGGGUUGCUGGUAUGGCUACUGCUUCUACAUCUUGAGUUUUUUCAUUUCCUUUUUUUUUUGCACUGCAGCAUUGAUGCUGCUUGAUUUAAGCCCGUGGCUUUGCCAGAAAUGUUAAUUUCAAUAAAUGCUUUGUAGGUUUGGUUAAAACAAAGGUUCAUUUAGGAAAACAGUGCAACUUCUGUCUGUGUAAUUAUCUUGUUAUGAGUCUGUAAAAGUAUAAUGCAUGUGAAUUAUAUUUGCACUUAUAUUGAUAAAAUUAUAUCAAGCUAUUUGAUUAAAACAGAAAGACUUAAGCUUUGAAGAUCCUUUUUUAAACAGCUUAUAUGAGUUAGCAGCCAUUCUAUGUUUUUUAGACUUAUAUGGGCAGUCAGGUUUGUCAAACAUCUAGCAGAAUGCUCCUGUUCCUUCUAAAACUCACCAGGUCUGACUGAUGAGUAAAGUCUUGAGCUUAUUCAAAAAUUGUACUAAGUGUCUUUUCUGGGUGAGACACUGGGUAGAUGAGAGACAAGGCAGACACUGUCAGGAAACUUCUUCCGGUGAGAUAGCUCAGAGGGAGGUGGAAUGGAACAGUUUGUUCUUUCUGUGAAGAUUUACUAAGUGUUCUGUCCCAGGUCCUGUCAAGUUCUGGGAUACGACUUUAAACAUGACAGACACUGGCUCUGCCAUCUUGGACUUAGGGUUUUGAGGAGGGUAAAAUGAGCUGACAGGUGGUACAGUGUGUUGUAAAUUAGUGCUGUGAUUUAGGUAUUGCAGAGAACUCAAAGGAGAGGUGCUGGGUGGGAGGUGUCAUGAUAGGCUUGGAAAAAGUGAUGUCUAAACCAAGAAAUGUUAGGAGUUAGCUAAUAAGAGGGAAAUGGGGAAGCGGACUGGCAUUGCUGAAGAGUAGGCUAAACUGGAUGUUAAGGGUAGGGAAACCAAUAAUGUGUUCAGUAAAGCUGGAAUGGGGAGAAGUGGGCAGGGAGUAGGUUACAAAGGGCUUUGUAAACCACACUGAAGAGUUUGGACCUUCUGUGAGAGCAGCAGGGAACAUAUUCAGAGUGACAUGGACAGAUGAUUGAUAUCUUCAGUCCCUGUGGUUGACAUAUGGAAAAUGGAUGUAAAGAGAUGAGACCAGGGCAGUCCAUGUAAGAUUUGAAACAGAAGUAAAAGUGAGGAUGGAGAGAAACUGACAGUUGAAAACUACUUAGUAAUUUAAAAAUUUAAAUUGGCAGUUGAUUAACUAUGGGGGAGAGGUAGAUUCCUGAGUAAUGCUGGUUUUUAUCACCCAAGCCUGUGGUGGUUCCAUUUCUAUGGUAAGAAAAACAGGAAGGAGAGGAACAAGCUGUGCUAGAGGAGAUGGAAGUGGUCCUUAAGAAUGGCUAAAAGCAGAGGCUCAGGAGUCAGGCUGUUUGGUUUGCAAACAGCUUUGUCAUUUUCUAUCAGUCAAACUAGUCAGUUAUUAUUUGUUGAGUAUAUCCUGUGCUUUAUGACCUUGGGCAAAUGACAAGCUGUCUGAGCCUCAGUGUUUCCUUUGUUUGAACAAAAGAUAGUACCUAGUACAUAAGAUUGUUUAGAGAGUAAAUUUACUCUGCAAAGUGCUUAACCCAUUUGAAGCAGACUUGUGGUAGCUGCUAAUCUCAGUGCAGGCUAAAAUGAGACUGGACAACAGUCAAAGUUCAGAGAUGUUUAGCCAUAAUCUGAUAGAGGUUAGAUUUGAGGUGUUCUUAUAGAAUUAGAUGGAACAUAAAGGGGCCAAUCUCAGUUGAGCUGUAGGUGUGGGGUCAUGAAGCAGGGCUUGAUAUGAAUUGUUGGAACCACCAUCUUUUAAACCAGUCAUUCAUGCCAUGGUGCAGAGAUAAAGUUACAAGGAAUUUUGGGGGGCAAAUAGGGAAGGUAUAGCCCCUUAAUUUGCCAGUAUAAAGCAACCACCCCUUUUUUCUUAAAGCAGGGCCAGCCAAUCAAGACCUUUAAAGGUCCUAAACUUCAAAAACAUUACCAUGUACCAUACCCCGCUUUAUGUACUUAAAAUAAAAGCAAUAGUAAAUUGUAAAAUAAAUGUAACAAAGUCCAAUAAAGUUUUUAUUUUUUUCUCAUGA